AUGGCUGAUCAAGGAAUACCAACUCCCAGUAUAAUAGGCCUAGUCACUAUAUUCGGUUGCAUUUAUGGCGGAGAAUUCGUCAAUGGUAAGUGAAUGUAUUUCCCCGUGCUAGUAGACUAUUUAUAAUUGGAGUCGAGACACAAUUAAAGAAAGCUGAUAUUUCAUUCUAGUGAGUGUUUGGACGCGCGGAUCCAUGAUCGACGCUCCUUCACUACUCCUGUCCUAGAAAAAUCCCUUGAUGGAUUGUCCUUGGAAUAUAUUUGGUAUUGUUAGCCUUUUUCGAUUACUUUUGCUUACGAAUGUAUUUUCUUUUGUUGAGAUAAAAAGUUAUUCAGAAUACUUCAACUGAAUGUAGACUAAUUACUAGCCCAACUACAGUAUAUUCCCCACACCUUCUGUUACUAGCCUAGCUAGUUUACCCUACCGUCUAUUUCCCACACCUUCUGUUACUAGCCUAGCUAGAGUUUACCCUACCGUCUAUUUCCCACACCUUCUGUUACUAGCCUAGGUAGAGUUUACCCUACCGUCUAUUCCCCACACCUUCUGUUACUAGCCUAAGUAGAGUUUACCCUACCGUCUAUUCCCCACACCUUCUGUUACUAGCCUAGCUAGAGUUGACCGAAACCGUCUAUAACCCCACACCUUCUGUUUCUCCACCCUAAAAUAUUUUGUGUUUCUUUUACCGCAUUUUGUGUCAUGUGUUGCUUUGGGGGCCUUUGUGCACUGUCUAGAAAAUAAACUAGGGGAAAGACUGUUCUGUUACAGGGUAAUAACAUUGUAACUUACAAUUACUCAGCACAUUAUUAUACCGUAUGAGGACGAUGUGACUAUGUCAUGUUAACUGUGGUGUAAUUCUGUUCUCAUCCCAUAGCAGCUGGACCUUCCACCACCCGUUAUGUUAUCACAAACAGCAAUGUCAUUAUCAAUCCUGGGAUCCAUGGUGGAGUUUUACAGGAGAUCCUCUGGAAACAUGGUGAAAAUAAGGCGGUGGAAUGGGGCACUGCUGUGAUAACGACAUUUCGGGAAUUUAAAGGGAAGACAUCCUUGAACACCACCACUGGAGAAAUCACAAUCAGACAGCUGACCAAGCAGCUCAGUGGGGUGUAUGAGGCAGAGUGUCUUAUUAGUGGGAAAAUACAGACAUUUCAGCAGAGAGUGGAAGUGAUUGGUGAGUCAGGGUUUCCUAAAUAA